AUGGGGUGCAUAGGCAGUAAGCCCAAAUCAAAUACAAACUCCCGCAAACCAUCCGCAACAGGCUCUGAGAAGCCACAACCUGUUUCUGUCAAAGAACAAAAUUCAACGCAACCAAAGCAACAAGAACAAAACACAACAACGGAACCUCCGAACGACGCAGACGAUGACUACGAGGAAAUUGUGAACAAAGGUCCGAAGAAAGUGACACAAGACGACUUUGAGUUACUUCAAGUGAUUGGUCGUGGGUCCUUUGGUAAAGUGAUGUUAGUUCGCAAAAAGGACGACAGAAAGAUCUACGCGAUGAAAGUCCUUCGGAAGGAUGUAGUCAAAAAAAGAAACCAAGUUGACCACACCAAAUCCGAGAAAGAGGUCUUGACAAAAAUCCACCACCCGUUCAUCGUCCAAUUACAUUACGCCUUCCAGACGAAAGAAAAGUUGUAUAUGAUAAUGGACUUUGCCAACGGUGGCGAGCUUUUCCAUCACUUAAAAAAUGAACAGCGGUUUGAUGAGCCUCGGGCGAAGUUUUACGCUGCGGAAAUUGGGUUAGUGUUACAUUACAUCCACUCGCAAGGGAUCAUAUAUCGUGAUUUAAAGCCCGAGAAUAUACUUUUAGAUAGCACGGGACAUGUUGUCAUUACCGACUUUGGGUUGAGUAAAGAAUUGGGGCAAGGCAAAGAGACUAAAACCUUUUGUGGUACUCCAGACUACUUAGCGCCAGAGAUCUUGAAAGGUGUAGGACAUGGUGUUGGAGUAGAUUGGUGGAGUUUAGGAAUAUUGAUAUAUGAGAUGCUUGUAGGUAUUCCUCCCUUUUAUGAUGAGGAUGUUUCUAUUAUGUACCAAAAGAUAUUGAAGUCUCAACCACAGUUUCCAAAGAAUUUGAGUUAUGAAGCGAAGUGUGUUGUGAUGGGGUUACUGGAGAAAGAACCCGAAGAACGAUUGACUGGGGAAGAAUUCAUGAAAAUGGAUUGGUUCAAAGACAUCGACUUCGACAAGUUGUUGAAAAAGGAAAUCUCCCCGCCUUGGGUCCCUCCUGUAAAGGACGAAAUAGAAACAACGCAAAUUGACGAAGAGUUUAUUGACGAGAAAGCGGAGGAUACCCCUCCGAAUGGAAAUACACCUGCGAACCCAGAUAAUACGUUUGAAGGCUUUACUUUUGUUCAGAACACCGCAUUAGGGGAGAAUGGGACAAACUAA